CGGCUUUUCAUAUAAAGCCAUCUUCCUUGUCUCUUGAUUGGCCUGUGAUGUGCUGGGCAGCCAGAUCUGGGCCACUAAUAUGAGUUCAACUGUCCGCUGGUCUUGUGAGUCCUCCUAGCAAAUCACGGAGCCCAGCGUGGUCCUGGGCUCUGGACACUCGGGUCUCCUGACACAGCCUUUUCGAGAGUCUGCUGGGCCCCAUUCUACGAAAAGAGCAGUGUCACACCUACGGGGCUCCACGCGGCUCUGCAUCGCACCACCUCGUCUGUAUGCGCGUCUUCCCAACCUGCCCAAGCGGCGUGGGCGGCCCGUUCUGGGGCCAGGGUACGCCAAGCCUUCUAAGGCGCGCUCUGCCCUCCUCGGGGUCCGCCCUCCUUUGUCCCGCGCGUCCCUCGGCCUGGAGCGGCGACGGCCUCGCUCGCUUUUCGGCGAAAGAGACCGCCUCCGAGGGCUCGUCGCGGGGCUCCCUCCUGCGGUCGCCCGUCUUGGCGGCAGGAGCGGUGGCGCGACUCGGCGCUGCGGGGCGACGGCGUGCGUCCCGGCGGCGGCGCGGAGGACUGACGCGGCGCGCGCGGCGGCGCGGGAGGGUGACGUAGGCAUUUCGUCACACGCGCGCCGCGCCGCAGUGUGGACGCGGGCCUGGGCUGUGCUUCUCCUCCGUGCCCGUCGCGGUCGCUAUGGGUCCGCGCACGCAUCUCCCGCCCGAGAUCCAGUUGGCGCAGCGCCUCGCGGGGAACGAGCAGGUGACCCGGGACCGGGCGGUGCGGAAGCUCCGGAAGUACAUCGUCGCCAGGACCCAGCGGGCCACAGGUGGUUUCACACACGACGAGCUGCUGAAGAUAUGGAAAGGACUGUUUUACUGCCUGUGGAUGCAGGACAAGCCGCUCCUGCAGGAGGAACUUGGAAGGACCAUUUCCCAGCUUGUCCAUGCUUUUCAGACCACAGAGACACAGCACCUGUUCCUGCAGACCUUCUGGCAGACCAUGAACCGUGAGUGGGCUGGCAUCGACAGAUUGCGCCUGGACAAGUUCUACAUGCUCAUGCGGAUGGUCCUGAAUGAGUCCCUGAAGGCCCUGAAAACACGAGGAUGGGAAGAAAGGCAGGUUGAGCAGCUCCUGGAGCUGCUUUUCACCGAGAUCCUGCACCCCAGCAGCCAGGCCCCCAACGGAGUGAAGAGCCACUUCAUUGAGAUCUUUCUGGAGGAGCUGACCAAAGUGGGCGCUAAAGAGCUCACGGCAGAUCAGAACCUGCGGUUCAUUGACCCCUUCUGCAGGAUGGCUGCCUGCACUAAGGACUCCCUGGUUUUACAUAACAUCACCCGGGGCAUCUUUGAGACGAUUGUGGAGCAGGCCCCGCUUGCCAUUGAAGACCUGAUGAACGAACUGGAUGCACAGAAGGGGGCGAACGAGGAGUCAGACGGCGACAGUGAGUCUCUGGAAGGACCUGCCAUCCCACAGACUCCUGCAGGCUCCAUACACAGGGCUGACCUUGAGACGGACAAGGAGACGGGAGGUGACGAGGAUAGUUCUGAGCCUGUCCUCCAGUUUGACUAUGAGGCUGUGGCUAACAGGCUGUUUGAAGUGGCCAGUCGACAGAGCACUCCUUCUCAGAACAGGAAGCGCCUCUACAAAGUGAUCCAGAAGCUGCAGGACCUGGCUGGAGGCACCUUCCCUGAGGAUGACAUCCCAGAAAAAACCUACAGGCAUCUGCUGGAAGGAAGGCGGGAGCGCAAGAUGAGGAGGCGCCUACUCAAGUCUCAGAACAAGAGGAGGAGGACUGGAGCAGGGGAAGACCAGGAGGCCUCUAGUCCAGACCUGGGUUUGGAAAUGGUGAAGAAGAGGAGCUGGAAGGGGGUCAGCCCCAAAGUUGCGUGUGCAGAGACUGGCAACCAGAGUGGGGUCAGCAGGAGGAAGAGGAAGCCGAGGCAGCUCUCUGGUGCUGGAACCGCAGUGACCCACGGCCAGGAGCCAGGGAGGAGAAAGAGACCGUCGCUGAAGAGCAGGAAGUGACAUGGCCAGGCCAGGAUGGGUGGAAGCUGAGCUUACUGUGGGCUUUCCUUGUCUGCAGCCGAGGGAGUUGAGGGGCAGGAGCUUGGGCACAUUCCCAUGGCCUCUGGGUGCCCCCGGCUCCUAAACUUCUGCAGAGGAAGAAGCAGGGGGCUGGGGGAGAGUGCGGGCCUUUCAUUUCAUCCAGCCUUAGAAAAUGCACCUGGGUGUGAUGGCCUUGAGUCUAAGGUUCAGUCUUGGGGACUCAAUACCUGUAUCAGGCCUGGCCCUCCACCCUACCUGGUGUCCAUAGAAUAAAAUGCAGUGCAGUCUUUGCAGAGCACCACUGCGUCUGAGGUGUCAGCUAGACACUGUGAAGUGGCAGGUGUGGCUUCCUGAGCACUGUUUGCAUUUUAUAUCCAUUUUUGUGGGGAUGAAAGUGUCUGCCAGAUGUUUGGAAAGAGUCCUGGUGAGAGCUGCAGCUGGCGGGGCCGGGCUCCGCCCAGCACUCGGGGCUUCACGGUGAGCCCAGGGUUUUCAAGCAGCUCCUUGGUGGUGUGGUGGCCUGUCCGUAGCAGGAAGAUCUGGCUCUGUCCCUCAGUGACUAGGAGGCAGAGACCCGGCAUCCUGGGGGGGUGGGGGGCCAUGCUGUGGCAGGAGUCCAGGGUGUGUCGCACGUGUCCCCACCUGGGCAGUCGGCCCCUUCUGUCCUGCCCAGCUGCGAUCUGGGGCUGCGGGUGGCUGGGAAGUUAGUUGGAGGCCUGGGGAGAGCCAGGUAGCAAAGCCGACUGUCACCUCCCUGUGGGUGGAGGGCCCCUCCGUGUGGGGAAGGUGUUGAGUUGGCCUGCCUGAUCCUGGAGCUGGCAGGCGUGAACUGCAGGGCGGCGGCGGGAGCCCACCGCUGGGGCUGGAGGCUGAGGGGCCUCUUGCUCAGGGACCUGCUUUUUUCUUUCUUUUUC